AUGCUGCUUAGUUUGUGCUGUUUAAGCCAAACUGUGGCCAACUUUACUUACAACGAGCGCGAUUUGUUAGUGCGCAAGGCACGCUGGCUGCCGCUUAUAUAUCCCCGAUCACAUCCAGCGCGCUUUAAGUUCAUUGCAGGCUUUGGCAUACCCGUAGAUGACUUGCAUAUAGAAUCUAUAACCACAGGCUAUGUGCUCAAGGCGCAUUAUCGUUUGCCCAUGCGUGCGCAGGAGCUGCGCAACAAGUUUAUGCCGCACGAGGAGUCGCGACAGCUUCAUAGCAAUGCCAGCAUCUUUCAGCAGAGCCUGCUCAAAAGCGAUGCAGAGCUGGGCGUCACUACUAGCUGGCUGGAUGAGCUAACGCAGCCCUGGCAAGGCUAUCGCUGGGCAGUCUAUGGCGCAUUUGAAAGUCUCGCUCUACGCAUGAAACUCAAUGGCAGGCAGUGUGUGCUCAAGAGCAUCUGCGAAAGCGCCGCAGCGCCUUUUGAUGAGCGCAAUGGCUUGCUGGGCGAACUGCUACAUAUAGUGCUAACGCCUUCCACCUCCAAGGAUGCACUCUCGGAGCAUACAGACAAUGAUUAUCUGCAAGCAGAGCAUUUGGGCGUUGCUGGCAUCAGUUGCGAUCAGCUUUAUACCCACUGUCCAAAGUCCUUGCUGCAGCAUUUCAGCGAUGUGCAUCAUUUGGGCAGCGAGUUUCUCAAAAUGCUGGGCUGA